ACAAUGAAAUUUUCAUCCAUAUCUAAGCAUCUCUGCAUAUUAAAAAAGUUAAGGGGACAUAUUGAGAAAAGAAGAAAGAAAUAGCAAAAGAGAUGCUAGUUUCUGUAUUUUUUGGUGGGUGUUUGGUGUUGUUCUUAUAUGUUUAUGAAUACUUAAUAAUGAAGCCAAAAAGGCAAAGAUCAAAGCUUGAGAAACAGGGAAUCAGAGGGCCUUGCCCUUCAAUUUUCUUGGGAAAUAUUCCAGAAAUCAAGAAUAUCCAUCUCAAGCUUCACUCAAAAUCAACAGAAACGGCAAUAGAGGCUCACCAUGAACAAGAGCAAGAGCAACCCAUUAUUUCAAAUAAUAUUUCCCAUGAUUGGCCUUCUACCAUCUUCCCUCAUCUCAAGCAGUGGCAAACUCAAUAUGGGCCAGUUUUCAUGUAUUCAACUGGAAGCAUACAGAUAUUAUGCAUCACUGAUGCAGAGAUGGUGAAGGAAGUUAGCCUGUGCACAUCGUUGAACUUAGGAAAGCCUUCUUAUCUAUCCAAGGAUCGUGGACCGCUGUUGGGCCAGGGUAUUUUAGCUACAAGUGGAUCCAUAUGGGCUCAUCAAAGGAAGAUUAUUGCUCCGGAGUUAUACCUUGAUAAGGUUAAGAGCAUGGUGAACCUAAUGGUGGACUCUACAACAUCAUUACUAGAAUCUUGGGAGAGCAGAAUCAAAAGUGAGGGAGAAAUUGCAGACAUUAAUAUAGACCAAGAUUUGAGAAGUUUGUCCGCCGAUAUUAUCUCAAGAGCCUGUUUUGGUAGCAAUUUUUCUCAAGGAAAACAAAUUUUCUCAAAAAUCAGGAACCUUCAGAAGGUCAUGUCCAACCAAACCAUCGGGGUUCCUGGAUCAAGAUACAUGCCAAACAAGAGCAAUAAGGAGAUGUGGAGAUUAGAGAAAGAGAUAAAAUCAAUGAUAUUAUCAGUGGUGAAACAUCGAGUUGAAGCUUCUUAUGAGAGGGACCUUUUACAAAUGAUACUGGAGAGUGCCAAAAAUUACAGUGAUGGCGAUAGCCUAACUUUAGGAAUAACUCGGGACAAGUUCAUUGUGGAUAACUGCAAGAACAUAUACUUUGCUGGCCAUGAGACCACUGCCAUUGCAGCGUCAUGGAGUUUGAUGCUUUUAGCUGCGAAUCCAGAAUGGCAAGAUCGUGCUCGUGCUGAGGUGCUUGAAAUCUGCAGAGAUGGAGUUCCAAAUGCUGAUAUGCUUCAAAGCAUGAAAACACUUACCAUGGUGAUUCAAGAAACACUGAGGCUUUACCCACCAGCAGUGUUUGUAGGAAGGGAAGCCCUGGAGGAUAUGAAGCUCAAAAACAUUUUGGUACCAAAAGGAGUGAACAUUCAAAUUCCAAUCUCAAUGUUGCAUCAAAACCCCCAUAUAUGGGGCCCUGAUUCCCACAAGUACAAUCCUGAGAGAUUUCAGAAUGGAGUUCUCGAAGCUUCCAAAAUUCCUCAUGCCUAUAUACCAUUUGGACUCGGAAAUCGUGUUUGUGCUGGCCAACACUUGGCCAUGAUAGAGCUGAAGGUGAUUUUAUCUCUUAUACUAUCAAAGUUUUGCUUUUCUCUGUCACCAGCAUACCAACACUGCCCAGCUUUUAGGUUGGUUAUUGAACCUAAAGAUGGAGUUAGACUCCAUAUGAGAAGACUUCAACUUUGGUGAGAAAACUGACCAGACAGUUUGGAGCAGUAAUCAGUAUGUUAUUGGAUGUCCUUGUAGCUCAUAUAAAUAUGCUUUUUAUUCUCCUUGCUUUGUCAUGUAAACAACAAAAAAUGGAAAUUCACAAUUACUGUCUUUGUUGGCUCUCAUGCUUUAUUU